GUGCUUACUUAGUGCUUUUUUGUGGUCCCAACACCGAAUUUGUGAUAAAAGUUGUCAAUUUAGUGACAUUGAUUUGAAUUUGGCGCCGCACACCUGAUUCUUCAGUGGCAGUUUAAUGAACCAGGAUUUCACGACGAAAAUAUCUGCGUCAAACCACGUCCUUGUAAAUGUAAAUUCAUCACCAUUUUCAAUUAAACCAAAACGUCGAAUUUUCAUCGAAAAAAAUGCCCAUCAUUAUUGUGGUGACGAAAUCAAGUGACUUGAGUAGCUUGUAAAUGAAACAAAACACAAUCGGUGCAAGAUGAAUGAGGCAGGUCCAGGCCCUUUGAACCCCAAACCCGACUUCACAAAGUGCAAGAUUGUGAAAGAAGGGUGGCUUUACAAGCGUGGGGAGCACAUUAGGAAUUGGCGUCGACGCUAUUUCAUCCUCUUGGAUGAUGGUUCACUUUUAGGUUAUAAAAAUAAACCAGAUGAGACCUCAAUGCAUGACCCCUUGAAUAAUUUCACUGUGAAAGGGUCACAAAUCAUGCUGGCCGAUAAACCAAGACUUUAUACGUUCACAAUGAGGGGGCUGCAAUGGACCACAGUCAUUGAAAGAAUGUUUCAUGUUGAGACAGAACGGGAAAGAGAGGAGUGGGUUAUGGCCAUUAAGGGGGUUAUAGAUAGUCUUAAUGUUUAUUGUGAAGACAUUGAAAUGAACUCAGAGGGGAAUAUGGACGAUUUAUGUGAGAAAUUCUCCCUACAAGGCACCUCAAUUUCAUCAACAGGCAAACGAAAAGUCACUUUAGAAAGUUUCGAAUUUAUUAAAGUGUUAGGAAAAGGAACAUUUGGUAAAGUCAUUUUGUGUCGAGAAAAAGCCACUGGGCGUUUAUACGCCAUUAAAAUUCUCAAAAAAGAAGUUAUUAUACAAAAGGACGAAGUCGCUCACACACAAACCGAAAAUCGCGUUUUGCGCAAAACCAAUCACCCAUUUUUAACCUCUUUAAAAUACUCGUUUCAAACCAACGACCGGCUGUGUUUCGUCAUGGAGUACGUGAAUGGGGGCGAACUAUUCUUUCACUUAUCCCGCGAACGGGUCUUUUCCGAGGAUCGAACCCGAUUUUAUGGCGCUGAAAUAAUCUCAGCUUUGGCAUAUCUGCAUUCGCAGAAUAUAAUUUAUCGAGAUUUAAAAUUAGAGAAUUUAUUAUUGGAUAAAGAUGGGCAUAUAAAAAUCGCCGAUUUUGGAUUAUGUAAAGAGGAUAUAACAUAUGGAAGGACAACUAAGACGUUUUGUGGAACACCGGAAUAUCUCGCACCGGAAGUUUUGGAAGAUAUUGACUAUGGAAGAGCCGUGGAUUGGUGGGGGAUCGGAGUUGUGAUGUAUGAAAUGAUGGUUGGACGUCUACCGUUUUAUAAUCGGGACCAUGAUGUGCUUUUCCAAUUGAUACUAAUGGAUGAGGUUAAGUUUCCGCGAAAUUUAAGUUCCGAUGCUAGGGAUUUGUUAGGGGGGCUUUUGGUGAAGGAUCCAGCGAAGCGACUUGGAGGUGGUCCUGAUGAUGCAAAAGAGAUAAUGGCUCAUCCGUUUUUUAGUUGCAUCAAUUGGAGGGAUCUUGAACAGAAAAAGAUAAUUCCGCCGUUUAAACCCCAGGUGACUAGUGAUACGGAUACUAGAUAUUUCGAUUCGGAAUUUACCGGUGAAAGUGUCGAGUUGACACCACCGGAUAAUUCCGGUCCAUUAGGUGCCAUACAAGAAGAGCCUUAUUUUCCUCAAUUUAGCUAUCAAGAUAUGUCUUCCACGUUAGGUAGCUCGGCACAUAUAAGUGGCAGUAUGAACAAUAUGGCCGCCAUGCAGUGAUGACUCAAAACUGUACUUAUUGUUACGAAAAUGUAAAUAUUUACAACUCUGUUGAUGCUGUUGGUGUCUCUUAUUUUAUUAUUAUUUUUUUUUUUUACAAUUGUAGUGUAUAUAUUUUUGAUUAUUUCGUGCAUUUAACUCGUAUACGAAUGUUACAGAGAUUCAUUUGAGAUUUAUUAUGUGGGCUAAUUUGUAAAUAUGGUGGUUUUUAAUCAUGAAAUUGCGCGGAUUAUUUAUUUAUUACCCCCCUCCUCCCCCUCAAGUGUAGGAAAAAAAUAAACUGUUUUGUUAGAGA